AUGCUAUUAGGCGAUGAUACCAACGAUGGUGCUGCCAUCCAAACCAACCGCAUCAUCCAUAUAAACGACCCAAUAAAAAACCAAACACAAAAGUUUCUUACCAACAGUAUUACUACUGGAAAAUACAACACCAUCACGUUCAUUCCCAAGUUUUUGUUUGAGCAGUUUUCCAAGUAUGCAAAUAUGUUUUUCUUAUUUGUUGCCAUUAUUCAGCAAAUUGGCGACUUGUCUCCAACAAAUCGAUAUGGUACAGUUAUUCCUCUUUCCAUUGUUUUGGCUGUUUCAGCUGCAAAAGAAAUUAUGGAAGACCUUAAGCGACAUGCCCAAGACACCAUCGUGAAUGCUCGUUUAGUCAACACGCUUUCUGGUACAUCGUUUAUUCCCAAACCAUGGCGCGAAGUUGCUGUUGGAGAUAUUGUUCGAAUUGAAAACUCGCAGUAUUUUCCGGCUGAUCUGGUUCUUUUGAGUUCCUCCGAGCCAGACUCUUUAUGCUAUAUUGAAACUAGUAAUUUGGAUGGCGAAACAAAUCUCAAAAUCCGACAAGGCUUAACUGAAACAAUGAAUUACUUGACACCAGAUGAUGUUUCCAAUAUUGAAGGCAAAUUUUUGUCACUGACCUACUGUUCAGAAUUGCCCAAUAAUUCCUUGUAUACAUUUGAAGGAACAUUACGAUUGGGUGCAAAGGAAAUCCCUCUGAAUCCCGAUCAGCUUUUACUUCGAGGUGCAAUGCUGCGUAAUACACGCUGGAUCUAUGGAAUUGCUGUAUUUACUGGGCAUGAAUCAAAGCUGAUGAAAAAUGCCACCGCCACUCCAAUAAAGCGAACCCAUCUGGACAUUCUUGUGAACAGGCAUAUUAUAUAUUUGUUUUUUAUCCUUGUAUCCAUGUCGGUAAUAUGCGCUCUUGGAACUCUUUCUCGCCACCUUUACAAUUCCUUUGAGGCGCAGAUUAUGAUGGUACCCUCUUCAGAAGCGUGGGGUCGUUUUCCUGGAAAUAUUAUCACCUAUAUCAUUCUGUUCAAUAAUCUGAUUCCAAUGAGCUUGAUUGUUACCAUGGAGAUUGUAAGAUACUUUCUUGGAACGCUCAUCAACAGUGACGAAGACCUAUAUUAUGAAUUAGAAGACACGCCAGCAACAGCCCGUACUUCAUCCCUUGUAGAAGAGCUUGGUCAAAUCGACUAUAUAUUUUCGGACAAAACUGGAACACUUACAUGCAACAUUAUGGAGUUCCGCAUGCUGAGCAUAGCCGGUAUUGCCUACGCUGAAGUUGUUCCAGACAACCGCAAAAUUAUGAUAGAUGAAAAUGGAAAAGCUUCAGGAUGGUAUGAUUUCAAUAAACUUAAAGAUCACGAUCGGGAAUCGCCUACUAGUGAUACGAUUCGAGAAUUUCUGCAGCUUUUGGCUGUAUGCCAUACUGUCAUUCCAGAAGUAAGUGAGGAAGAUCCCACAAAAAUUAUUUUUCAAGCCUCUUCUCCUGAUGAGGCUGCACUUGUCAAAGGCGCUCAAACUCUUGGAUACACAUUUACUACUCGCCGGCCACGAUCUGUUUCAUACAAACAUAACGGACAGGAUUACGAAUGGGAAAUUCUUCAAAUCAAUGAAUUCAAUUCCACCCGUAAACGUAUGAGUGCGCUAGUCCGAAGUCCUGAAGGGAAAAUUAAACUUUACAUCAAAGGAGCCGAUACAGUGAUUUUUGACCGGUUGGCUAAACAAGGAAACACAUUUGUUGAUGCCACAUGUGCCCAUCUUGAAGAAUACGCUAAUGAUGGGCUACGUACACUUUGUAUUGCUUAUCGUGACAUUCCCGAAGAAGAAUACACCGAAUGGGCAAAGAUAUACGAAAAGGCCGCAACAACAAUUAGCAACCGCGCGUUGGAAUUGGAAAAGGCUGCUGAAAUUAUUGAAAAGGAUUUGCUAUUGCUUGGUGCAACAGCUAUUGAAGAUCGAUUGCAAGAUGAAGUUCCUGACACAAUCCACACGCUUGCAACGGCUGGAAUUAAAAUAUGGGUUUUGACUGGCGAUCGACAAGAAACAGCCAUCAAUAUUGGAUACUCGUGCAAGCUCAUUACUGAAGAAAUGUCGCUGAUUACGUGCAAUGAGCCAACGCAUUUUGAUACCAAGGAUUUUUUGGCAAGAAAAUUAGCUGCCGUCAAAGGUGGUAUGGAUACAGCUGGCUCUGAUUUGGAACAAAUUGCGUUGAUUAUUGAUGGUAAAAGCUUGGCCUAUGCUCUUGAAGACGAUAUUAAAUACACGUUUCUUGAACUUGCUACUCUGUGCAAGGCUGUUAUUUGCUGCCGUGUAUCUCCAUUACAAAAAGCUCUGGUUGUUAAGCUUUUGCGCAAGAACGUUGAAGGUGCAGUAACGCUUGCCAUUGGUGACGGAGCCAACGAUGUCUCCAUGAUACAAGCUGCUCAUGUAGGUAUUGGUAUUAGCGGACAGGAAGGUCUUCAGGCUGCUCGUAGUGCUGAUUUUGCCAUUGCUCAAUUCCGUUUCUUGAAAAAACUACUUCUUGUUCAUGGUAGCUGGGCUUACUCGCGUUUGAGCAAAGUUAUUCUGUAUUCGUUUUACAAAAAUAUUACACUAUACUUGAUUCAGCUGUGGUUUGCUCUUGAUAACGGAUUUUCUGGCCAGACUCUGUUUGAAACUUGGACUCAAUCAUCCUACAACAUUGUGUUUGCAUUUUUUCAGCCGCUUGCAAUUGGUGUAUUUGAUCAAUUUUUGACAUCCAGAAUGCUAGAUCGUUAUCCACAACUUUACCGACUUGGCCAAACCAAUGAAUUCUACAACACGUAUUCAUUUUGGGCAUGGAUCAUCAACUCGUUCUUUCACUCUUUGAUCAUGUAUUAUGGACUUACUGCCGUUUAUGGUGAAGGAGCUAUGAUGACAAAUGGAGGAACGGCCAACAACUGGGUCAUGGGAGAAAUGAUUUAUACUGCCGAUCUAAUUACAAUUACCAUGAAGGCUGCACUAACAGUUGAUACGUGGGUCAAUUUCACCUAUUUUGGUGUUUUUGGUAGCAUCGCCUUGUGGUUUAUUCUAUUUCCCAUUUAUGCUAUUAUUGGCCCUAUGGUUGGUGUUGGAACAGAACUUCAAGGUGUCAACUAUCCCAUGUUUACAUCUGUAGCAUUUUGGGUUGGCAUCAUGAUCAUUCCUUUUGUGGCCAACUUGCGCGACUUUAUCUGGAAGUACACCAAACGCUUAAUUUUCCCACGAUCCUAUCAUAUUGUGCAAGAAAUCAGUAAAUUCAAUAUUCCCGAUCAUCGUCCACGUAUGGAGUGGUUUAGAAAGGCCAUGGCUAAAGUGCGUGUUGUUCAAAGACAGAAACGAACUCGUGGUUAUGCCUUUUCUCAAGGAGAGUCGGGUCAGGCCGAACUUAUCCGUAUUUAUGAUACCACUCGGUAAGAUUAGAUUGCUUUUACUAUGGUGUGUACUUUAACUAACCUUAAACUUGGACGCUGAUUAUUUUAGUCGGAAGCCACGUGGAUAAAUUAGAUCAUUUCCAAAUAAUAGACUUUUAGUCCAUCAUUCCUUUUACGCU